AUUAACCCCUACUAUCAUUAAAGUUUAAGCCGACUGGGUCUUAUCGUUAUCAAUAAAAAUUUCAAUUCACGGUUGAUAAGCCUAACAUAACAAAGAUGGCGGGUGUAGGGGUGGGCUUUUCGUUAUUGUUGCAGUUUUUAUUAUUUUUAUGUACUUAUGUGCGAUCAGAAUCCACUGAUAUUCAGCUAGAUGUCAAAGCUCAAACUCUCCAUCGAAUUGACAGUUUUAAUUUAUUAGUAUACACUUUUCUACUAACUUUGACAGUUUUAACAAUAUGGCUUUUUAAGCAUAGAAGAUUGAGAUUUAUCCAUGAAACAGGAUUAGCAGUCAUAUACGGGCUGCUUGCUGGCUGCUUUAUCCGUUAUGCCACACAUAUUACUCCUUUGUCGCAUUUAUCUGUAGUAGCAGCUAAAUCAGAAGAGUAUAAUGACUCGCUACCCCCUGAUACUCUUCGAUUUUUUUUCAGUUCCAAAGACUUACAUAACAGAACUUAUGCUUAUUCGUUUAGAGGAGGAUUAGAGAAGAUAACAGGGAAUGCAAUUGAUAUAAAGGCCACGUUUGAUCCUGAGCUGUUUUUUAAUAUUAUUCUUCCGCCAAUAAUAUUUCAUGCAGGAUAUUCCUUAAAAAGAAAAUAUUUUUUUCGUAAUCUCGGGGCGAUUCUUACUUAUGCUGUGAUUGGAUCUGCGAUUUCGGCCUUUGUUUUAGGCGUUUUGAUGUAUGGUUGUGUACAGUUUCUGCCAAUUGGUUUAAAGGAUUCUUUUACUUUUCUUGAUGCUCUUACCUUUGGAGCUAUAAUAUCGCCUACUGAUCCUGUUACGAUAUUGGCUAUAUUUAAUGACCUCAAAGUAGAUGUAACUCUUUAUUCCUUAGUUUUUGGAGAAAGUGUUCUUAACGAUGCUGUGGCUAUUGUUCUGAGCAGUUCCAUACAAAAUUAUGGAGAACAGUAUCAAAGUGGUUCUGGCAAGUUUGAACUUGAAGCGUUUCUCAGAGCAGUUGGUGACUUUGUUGGUAUAUUUUCUCUUUCACUGCUUAUCGGUGCGACAAUGGGAUGUAGCACUGCAUUGUUGACAAAGUUUACUAGAAUCAGAGACUUUCCAUUGUUUGAAUCGGCGCUAUUUGUGCUGAUGUCUUAUUCCACAUUCUUGAUUGCUGAAGCUUCAGAUCUCACAGGUGUUGUAUCUGUAUUGUUCUGUGGAAUUUUUCAAGCCCAUUAUACCUACAAUAACUUAUCAAGAGGUUCCCGGAAGAGAACCAAGCAGUUGUUCGAGCUUCUUAAUUUUUUUACUGAAAAUUUUAUUUUUUCAUAUAUUGGUGUAUCUAUGUUCACCUUUCCAAACCACAAGUUUAAUUUUGGAUUCAUCUUGGCUGGAUUUAUCUGUACAGCUAUCAGCAGGGCUGCUAACAUAUAUCCCUUGACUUUCCUACUUAAUCUUGGAAGAGAUCCAACGAUUGCAAUAAACUUUCAACAUAUGCUGUUUUUCGCUGGAUUACGUGGAGCAAUGUCAUUUGCUCUUGCUAUAAGAAAUACAGUGUCUGAAGCUCGUCAAGCUAUGCUUACAACAACAUCAUUGAUUGUUAUUUUCACUGUCAUUAUUCAAGGUGGAGCGACAAUGCAACUUUUGUCCAUCUUCAAGAUUCCUGUUGGUGUUGAUGAUGAAGUCGAAAUGCUACCUUACUCUGGUCCAGGGGGAGGUGGGCGAGGAACCACAUACGAUUCUACCAGGGAUACACAGAGGGAAGGAGGAGAUACCCCUAGUAGCCCUAACGUCGGUGAAAAGGCUUGGCUUGCCAAAGUCUGGGGAAACUUUGACUCGAACUACAUGAAGCCAUUACUAACUCACUCUCGUCCUACAUUACUCGAGACAUUACCUGUCUGCUGCAAUCCAAUCGCUAGAAUUCUCACCACUACACAACAAUUAACACAGGAAUCAUGCAGAAUUGAUUCCGAUUCUGAUCUAGGCCCAGAAGAGUCACAGAAUGGACAUCCUCGAAGAGACUCGGCAGUCUAUCGAAGUACAAGCCCUAUUAUAAUAACGCCGGGUCAGAUAACCCCAAUUAGCCGGCUGGACGCAUGACACAAAAGCUGCAUGGCUCUAGGCAUGCCAUCUCUCUUGGUUAUUGUAUAGUUGUUAUUUUGUUAAGUUUUUGGUUAUUUGAGUAAUUUUAGUUAUGGCUAGAGUGAACUUAUACCAUAUAUUAUUAAGCUUAGUUAAAGAAUGUUCAAUAAAAAAAAGUGCUUAUGCAAAGUAUUCUAGUUCUAUGAGUUGAUGUAUCCACGUUUUAAAUAAGUUAUUGUUAUUGCAUAAAUUAUCUUAAUGUUGUUAGUUUAUUUUUUUGUGCUUAGUUAUAAAAUUUGUAAGACAUUUAAGAAGUUCUUUUAACCAAUUUAUGAGGUUAAACGUUUUCUUCCACAUUUAAUAUUUUAAAAAAAUACUCUUAUUUUAAUCUGGAAGUCAAAGUGUACAUAAAAACAAUACUAUUUAUUUAUUGAUGAUAUUAUCAUCAAUGAUUUAUGUUAACAUCACAAAUGAGCCUGUUUUAAAUGACUGAACAUGAAUAGGUACCUUAAACUGCUAACUAGAUUGCUCUCAACCCCAAAGUAAUACAUUAUUAACAACACACAGAGUUUCAGAAAAUGGAUCAAACCAUGAGAAUUUUUUCUUAUAUUAUUGGGACAUUUUGCAUUACCAAGUAUUUUUCGCUGCCAAACAAAAAACAAUUGAGUCAGAAUCCUGGAAGAGAAAGGUCCUCUCUCCUUCAACAAUAUAUUUUAAAAACAGGGCGACAAUCUAUGAUUAGAAAGAGGGAAUAACAAUUUUGAAAGAAAAACGGCAUCCACAUGUAUGGAUAUAGAUUAACAUAGAUGAAACCAAAGCACCAGAAGUUUCUUGAUGUGAUAGUAAUAAACAUAAGACUGGAGAAUAAUUUUCUAUAUUUGUAAAAUAAAAUAUAUAUAGAACACCUAUUAUACAUAGAAAACAAACAUUUAUAAUUAAUAGUGUUUUUAUUUUUCUUUGGACGUUUCAGAGAUGUUUCCUCCCCUCUUCAGCAUCUGAUAUGACCCUUACUCUAUACCGGGGCAUGUUUGAUGCCAAUGAGAGGAACUAUAUCUCCAGGAAAUGUAUAAAUAAAAAUAAAAACACUAUAAAUUAUAAGUGCUUCAUUUCUUGAAUUUGACCUGUAGGCAAGGUUAUAGAGAAGAAUGAAAAAUAAUUUUAUUUAUUUAUUCCUUUAAAUAAUGUAUUUAAGACUCAAAUAUUUUAUUUUCAAUGAUCCUGCUCUAUGCAUCUGAUUUGGUAAUCACCAUGAAGUUUUCCAGGAUGUUAAAAUCAGACCCUUUAUGAUUGGUGUUCGGGCAGUCUGUUUCAGACCUAUAGGUCCUUUAUCGGCCUGAGGCUAAACAGCUGUAAUGUUUAAAUCAUGUAAAUUGAUCCUAAUAGAGCCAGUGGAUCAAUAGGCAGUCUGCCUGUACCAUGGAAACUGUUUUUACCAGCAUGGGAAUUUUGAAUUAUUCAAGAAAUAAUUGUUAGACACCUCAUCACCAUACCACAGACCUUUGUGGUUUGACUUGAUGUUACAAUAUUUUAUUCUGUAAUUUGUUAUCGAAAACCUUUAUAAGGUACUAGCUAAUAUUUUAUGUUGGUAGUCAUUAUGAUCAUAAAAUACAUCCAUAUGAAAAUGAUGGUCAAAUAUAGAGGAAAUAUUUGGACACUCUUAAAUCGAGAACAGAUUAUAAUUUCAUUCUUCAAUAUAAAUUUUGAAUAAAUCUCGACAUUCUCAAUCUGGCCAAAAUGUAUGGAUAACCUGCUGAAUAAUCUGGAUCGGUCAUAGGAAAUUAAUCAGAGAGAACAAGCAUAGUUUUGAGGCACUUAGCUUCCAAUGCCCAAGAUCUCAGGUUCGAAUCCCGGCUCAUGGCAGAAAAAUUAUUUAUUCUGUUUCAUCGGUCGUGAGGCAAUCCUGGGGUAAGGAGACCCUCCUGGAGCACACGCAGUCUCUUCAAAGUGGGUACUCAUAAUUAACAUAAUUAAUUAAGGGGGAAAACCUGGCAGUUGAGUCCUGGACCGAUCUCCUCUCCAGCACAACCGUUGGCCUUGAAACAGUACUUUUCCUAAAUAGUACUGAACGCAUCACCAUUCAUGGGUUGUUGUGAAACAGGUUUUUUUUUUAUCAGUACUUUAGGUAGUAUAUUUCUAAAUAAAUAUUGUAACAAUCAAAAACCUGAAUAAAAUAUAUUUUACUUAACCUAAAAAUAAAAUUUCAUUCGAAAUUUGCCACCCUCUUCAUUCUGAUCUUCAUGGACAUUAUGCUCUUUGCCCAUCCUGUAUCUAUCUGAUCCUGAGCAUAAUCCACCAUUACUAACCCUGUAGGAGUACAUAAGGGUAAUAAAUACAAUUAACAAGGUAUGCUCAAUAAAUAAUAUAUGCUUUAUUUAUCUGUGACACGUAACAAAAAGUACAAACAAACAAUUGAUAUUAAGAAUGCAAUAUGAAAAUGUUUUGGGAAGAGAGACACAAUGACAUACACAUUUGGUGCACUUAUUUUAGGGUUAAGAGACCUUCUAAAUUAGUCUUAAAAUGAUCAUUAUAUGUUGCUUAGAUCAAAUUAGUUUAUGCAAUAUCAUAUACAUUAUGGUUUUAACAUUAUGUAAAUAACAAAAGUUAUUGCUGACUAUAUUUUACUUGAAUUUAGACGUAUUUAUAUUUAAAGUCCUGUACCCAUAUAUGUAGAGUAUGAGUAGUAAAUUUUUUAAUUAAUUAUUGGAAUUUUACCUUACUUUUAAGUUUGGAUAUUAAUUUUUAAUUUAAUAAUUUGUGUUGUGAUUUAUUGUAAUUUCAUUGUGAUACAAUUUUAUUCAAUAUAAAUUUUAUCCUAAUAAAAUUAGGUAAUAUCCCAAGCAUAUCAAAUAUGUUAAGGCUUUCAUAUUAUUUUAAUAAAUUUUUACUUAAGAGGCAGAAUAAUGUAAAUACCAAACUACUGAAAAUUUGUUUUGUCAAAGCAUUCAAUUUCCAUAAAAUAUUUUUAAACUACAACCAAUUUAGUAUGUAAAUCAUAAUAUAUUCUGCCUUUUAUAUAGUUACAUAAUACUAGGUAGUUAAUAUUUUAAAUUGAGCUAAAGCAGCAUAAAAUACACAAUACUUAUUAACAGAAAAGUUUCUUAUGUUUGCUGUGAUAUUAUAAAGGCAGUUGAUGUAUUUUUGAUCUUAAAUGUAGAAACUGAUUUUCUUUGCAGCCAGACAGUGUGAGAGAUCGCGAGUUGAGCAUGAUCCAAACCCGUAUAAGCCUUCCAGGUUUGGGAGGAAAACCUCUCUAAAAAGGAGGAGAACGCAUAAAUUUUACUCUGUUUAUUAAUUAUUUUUAAAAUAUUGAUAAUAAUGCAUGAAGUGCUUUAUAACUUUUUUCUCAGAUUUAAAAAUCUGUUGAAAAUUUAUGAUGAAUAUGAAUAUCUUAUGCGUGGCAUAUUUAUGCUUCCUAUAUUUUAUCUGAUGUCAAAAACAUCCAAAAAAUUUCCCUAAUAUUCUUAUUCUAAUUCUAAUAAAAUUAUAUGUCACCUACACACCAAUUGAUAUAAAAGAGAAAUUUCAAACUCUUAAGAAGACUGAAGGUUGAAUCUAUGUCCUGUACUUAAAUUUGUUUAUUUUCUUUUUAAUUAAUAUUAUUUUCAUUUUAUGAAAAUGACAUACCAUUGGAAGGGAUGAUGAUUUGUAGAUGUUUCUUUUUUUUUUUUUAAUAACAAGAUCAUAACUUCUAGAUGUAGAUUUUUGUUCAUUAUAUUUAUUUAUACAAUGUUUUAUAUCACCUUUGCAAAUGUCUUUUAUUACUAGCACAGUUUAUUCUAUCUCAAUAAUUUUAAAAUGCUCGAAUUAAAAUAUAGAAUUUUAAGAUUUUAUUAUAAAUAGUUAGAGAACUAUAGAUUGUAAUUUUAUUGUUAACAAAUUAUAGUUUCAAUUAUGGAUGGUUUAUUUUGUAUUUAGUUUUGGCUGUGAAACUUACAUUACACUAUUGUAUGAUUCUACCUUUCAAAGCAUAUUUCAUGAAUAAUUUCUAAAGGUUAUUAUAUGAAAAUAUAUAUAUAUGUGGCUGUACCUUAUAUUAUUUAUAUUAAAGGAUUAUUCUGUCCAAAAAGGAUUUUUUAACGUUUUCAUCAACCUC